AUGGGCCCACUUCCUUUUACUGUUCGGUUUCAGGAGGGAGCUGCCGCCGCCCCGUCUCCAUCGUCAUCUGCAAAUCUGUUCCGCCUCCUCUGCGGGAUGGGGCCAGCAGCCGGCACGGACCCACCUCGAGAGAGGAUACAGGCGCGGGCGGAACCUCCAGUGGCUGCGGCCGGUGCGGACUCGGGCCCACUCCUCGCCCCGCCUCCCCACCGGGGGGCUCAUCCAUUUGCUCCACUCCUUCGGGGGGGCCCGCGUGCCCAGGCGGACCGAGGUGGCCUGCUGCAUGCGGAGCAUCCUGGACGCGCGGCCGUGGGGAGGAGCACCGGAGUGGUGGCCGCCGCGCUGCGGCAGUGGCGGGCACAGGACGUCCUGGAGCGGUUGAGGGCCACGCUGCGUCCAGCGUCGUGGGCGCUCUCCCUGCUGGCUUUCUUUGUCAUGGAUUGCAGAUGCGCUACGAGGAGGGGCUGUGGUGCUGGGAGCUGCAUCGGCUCCAAUCUCUGCAGGACAGUUAACUACCAGCAUGUUGAGCCCCAUUUUAUGUUCUCCUACGACUUGCUGAUGAAAUGGAACAAGGAACAAGCGGUGUGAAGAGAUUGGAAAUUUGAGGCAAAGGCUGGAACCUUUUCUAUUUUUGUUUCUGGUGUGUUGCUUUUGAUACUAGAUGACAACAUGUAACUUGCUAUUUUGACGUGCUUCUCAAUGUAAAUAUGAGAUAUAUUUGAUUUUA